CCGCCCCCUCCGUUAGCCUCAGGAAGAAGAUGAUGCACACGCAGCUUGAACUGCUAAAUCAUGGCAACAUUUAUGGAGCGACUUGCUUUUCUUCAGAAAGUGCCCACCCUGAUGAAAGCGACAGCAGAUGAUGAGAAUCCCUGUCCAGGAUAUCUCUUCCAGGAGAUUGGAAAAAUCUCCCAUGAAUCAUUGGGUUGUGGACAGUGUUUGUUGGAAUACCUUCUGGAGAGAUUACAAGUGGAGUCCUGUCAUGUGAAACUUAAGGUGCUGAAAAUCUUUGUCCAUCUCUGUGGCCAUGGCUCAAAUCAUUUCCUUACAGAACUCAGAAGGAACUCCACCUUCAUUCAGCAUGCAUCAGUUUACAGCGGCCCUCCUGAUCCCAUCCAUGGCACAGCACUGUACCAGAAAGUGAGGAAUACAGCACAGGAAGUGGCUCGGUUACUUUUCACAGAUUCAGUUUCCACCGAAAGCAGCCUCUCUCCACACAGCAUGGCCCCACCAAAAAUGGGUAUGGGAUCAGCAACUUCCCACAGGUCAGGAUUGCAGGGGUUUGGAUACAGUCAGGGAAGGCAUGGAACAGCAGCCAGCGACUCGCUGCUGGAUAAGAUCCAGAAAGCUGCCGAGGUGGUGGCCAGCGCUGUUCUUCCUCCAACUGAACACCAGGGCAUCCGCCUCCACGACAACCACUACCGCGCAGUGGUGGCGCCAUCUGCACCCAUCGAGGUCGCCGUGCCGGCAUGUGCCUAUAACCUCCCUGCUUGCCAAACAAAAGUAACCCAGCGGUGCCCGGGGCAGGUAGGAGGGGGCUGGGAAGAGAUGGAUAGCAGCAACUGCUCCUCUCACAACUCUUCUCAAGACAUCGCUGCCAACAGCAGAGCGUCUGUGAGCAGCAAGUCAGCGGGUACAAGGAGCCAGUCUGGAGCCAGCAGAGAGGGUAAUGGAGAUCUAUCAGAGCGGGUAGACGCCCUGCAGCUGGGGGACUGUGCCCAGGAGAUGGCCCUCAUCAGCAGACUGACUGAAGGAUCCAGAGUUUUUUUAACCAGAGAGGAGAGUCAACACUUUAUAAAAGAGUGCUUCAUUCUUAACUGUGAAGUUGUGGUGGAGCUGCUCUCAAGCAAGCUUCAAGAUCCCUCAGACACUGUUAAGAUGCGGGCUUUAUGUGCCAUUGCGUGCCUCAUGACCUCUGACCUCUUAUCUCUGGAACAAAUGUUUGGAGCUACUCAACAUCGGCUUCGCCAACUGAGCGUGGAGCCUCCAGGGCCCGUGGCAAACAAAGCUACCAAGAUCCUGCGACAAUUUGAGGCUCUAGUCGGUGGAUCUCUACAUGCUGCUAAGCAAGAAUCAAUGAACAGCCAUCAGUCAACAGUUAGUCACGCAUCUAAAAGCUCAGACAGCUUGCUACCAAUGUACUCCAGUGACUACCCCAACCUCAGAUUUUAUCAGUCUGACGCCUCAUCUGGAGGUGUCACCAAAACAGCAAAUCACCUGUCUUCCCUUUCUAGUCAGAACCUGGAUCUGAGAUGCUCGACAGAGGAGCUGAUGCAUCAUAGUGAGGUGGAGACAAUUCAGCAAGAGUCAGUGCAAAGUAAUGCACACCCAGUCAGGACUGCUGAGAUAAACCGGCCCGCUGAAGAUCCAGAGCUUAUCAGAGAAAAAAACACCCCUCCUUCGCUGGAACCACAGACACGGCCGACUCAUCUGAGCACCUUAUCCUUAUUCAGCGGUAUGGAAAUGGUGUCCAAGGGGAGGCUGCUGUGUGAAAGAGAGAGAUCUCAUAUGAAGUCAGACAAAACAGACUACAGUUUUAAUGAGAAUCAAACUGUGUAUAACUCUGAGUAUCCAGCAAACUCAUCUAUGGAUUGCAUUGAAGCCGGUGAGAACAGCCCUUCAAAUUACAAUCCUACCGCACCUGAAAGAAGUAAACCAGUGUCUGCUUUCUCAUUUCUCAACUUUUGACCGACGUCUACCUUUUUAGGCCUGGACAUGUUAUCCCUCAAGCAAUGAUGUCGACGUGUACCUUUUAAAAAAUGGUUUAGUUUUCCAAACCAAAAUCUGAUUGGUAUACAAAAAUAUAUAUAUUUUUUCUUUUAAAUAUCUAUGUGCCUCAUUAGAAGCUGUUAUUAAAAUUAUUUUCUUUCUUUUAAAGUAGACAUACACACAUCUUUUUAAGGAGCAACCCAGAAGACCCAGAUAUUUAAGUUUCCUCACUGCAGUCAUUUUAAAAUGAUUAAUACAUCUGAAUGCAGUCAACAGACGGUAUGAGAUGCUCCACUAACAGUAUAUCAUCACAUUAUCCACAAAUACAUGAUUUUAGGAAACUCAUUCAAGCUCAAAGCAGAGAAACAAGUUGCUGCUUUUCUGUUAAGCAAGGCUGGUUAUGUUUUGGCAGCAACAACACAUCAAAUCAUGUUUUUCUAAAGGUGUUUUCAUGAACAAAUAGUAUCUUAUCAGUAUUUGAUCAUUUGCUUUUGAGUGCAAUUUAAUGUGUUCUUUUAGCAAGAUUAUGCUAGAUGAAUUUCAUAAGGAGGGGGGAAGGGGUCAUUAACCUUUGUUGAAAGUUUUGAAAUAGGAUCUUGGCCUUGAUAAUAAUGUCCCCUGAUAUCAGAAUUGUUGACCUCUUUUCACCAUUUCCAGCUUCAUCGCUACACUCCGUAGAGUAAACUGAUCGUGACACCUUUUAUUUUUUUCUGUUAAAAUUCUUGGUCAGUAAUGGAAACUUAAAAUAACAAACAUCGAAUUCAGAUCUGAUCUUAAUUUUAACCAAACAUGUACUGUUUUUGUUGUCUUUUGGCCAUGUAGGACACUUAUAAUGGUUGCUUUAUCUCAGGAUUUCUUUUGACUUACCAGUUUCACCUCUGCAGCACAUCUUGAACCUCUGAGGGAAAACCCUUCUGUUUGUAAUUUGCACUACAGUUGUUUUUCUUAAACUUACGAAAGGAGAAUUGUCUUCCAUAGUAUUUUUUUUUUGGUACUAAAGGAAUUACAGUGUAUGAGACUUGUAUAUUAAUUUACAAAUAAUUUAUGUCUACUGUAUCAUACCCAUGAAACAUUAUGAGCAGGGUUCAAAGUAUAUUGUAGACUGAUGUGAUGAAUUAUUGACAUCUGUGUGUCUGAACAAUGAAUGGAGCUGUUUGAUUAAAACGUGCACAUUUUUGACUGUCAUGUCGGGUAGAAUGAUAUUACCAUCACUUAAACAUUAUCAUGCAGCUAAAUGCCCAAACAGUAACACUAUAAUGAACACAAGCUGUGUUAUUAAACAUGUUCAAGAACAAUAAAACAUGCUGUUUUUGUUACAGC